AUGAAGUUGUUCCUUGUUAGACUCCUAAAAGAUCACGAUGUGCCUGGUUUUCGGACACAUAAUGCUUGGAGUAAGGAGGCAUGGAGAAAUAUUGUUUCUCGACUAAAUCAAAAGUUUGAUCAAUCAUUUACUCUCAACCAAGUCAAACAAAAGGAGCAAGAUCUGAAGAGAGACUAUCGAAGUCUUCAAGAAUUGUUGGAUCAAAGUGGCUUUGGAUGGGAUAAGGACAGAAAAAUGGUUGACGCACCAGAUAGUGUUUGGGCAAGCUUUGCUGCUCGGAAGAACAGCAAGGAUGUUCUACAAUGGAAAGAAAGGUCAUUUCCCCUUUAUGAAGAAUUAGAUCCACUCUAUGAAGGUCGCUAUGCUGAAGGGAGAACUCGUCAAGGCUUGGACCAUUAUACUAGGAAGAGGAAGCAUGCACCGGUUCCUUCAUCACAGUCAACACAAGUGACUAGUCUGUAUCAAUCACCAUCACCUACCAUGCCAGCUGCCAAUGAGUCAGAUAUGCGGUUUACUUUAGAUGAAAAACUUGAGGAGUUCAAUGUGGAUUCUCCCCCACUCCUAUCUACACCAAUUCAGCAUGUGCAAGCCCCACCAAGAUCUACACAAAUGGAGAAACAUGACACUAGGCGUGGGAAAAAACAAAAACGUGGUGCUAAUGACGACUUCCAUGAGAAGUAUCUAAAACUAAAGAAGGAAAAAAUUGAUCGAUUUGCUGCAAUUGAGGAGAAGAAGCUAGAGGACCCCUACUCCAUCAACAAGUGCAUCACAUCAAUUGAAGGGUUGGAAGGUCUACAACUAGGAGAUAUGUUGAUGGCAUCAGAUAUCUUCAAAUGCAAGGAGAACAGGGAAAUUUUCUUGUCAUACUCUACUAAUGAACUACGACUGGCUUGGCUUAAAAGAGAGAUUGUGCGUGCCCAAACAACCCAUCAAAAUUAG